CCUCUCUUGGUGCCAAAUCUACAUUGAAUUUAACAUCACCAUUCAGUAGUGGGACCCAUUAUUAGUUUACACAACUCAUUCACUCACAUUCAUUCAUCCAUCCAAAAAAAAUUAAAACUUGUUGAAGCAGUUCAACUAAUAUGUCCAAAAUAACACCAACCCAAUAAGAGAAAAACAAAACCCACACCCUCAACUAUUAAGCCAGCAAUUCAAGCAGGCCGGUUGCAAAACAUGGCGACCUCCACCUCCACCUCCACCUCCACCACCACCAGUGAAGACUUCACCUUCCCUACCUUCACCGCCGACGUCGACUCUCCGCCUCUCUGGCGCCUAUCCCCUGCAGCAUCUCCAUCAAGACCAGCUAGCAAUGAACAAAGCAUGGAGAACAAGAUUGGGAGGAGUCAUAAUGGUGAGGAGGAUGAAGAGGAGAAGAUGGACAUGUUGUGGGAGGAUUUUAAUGAAGAAUUGUUGUCAAAUAGAAGACAGAGUGAUGAAAGGUUGUUGGACCCUGCAGAAAUGGUGGAGAUGGGUUGUUUCCAGGCUUUGAAGAUGUCCCAAAGAGACAGUGCCUUGUUCUCUAGGAGACCAGGUUUGGUGGAGAUCAUUAAGGUCUUGAAGAAGCUCUUCUUGCUACACAACAAUUACUCCCAUCAGCAUCGCCGACCAGCCAGAUAAGAGGUAGGCUGUGAAUUCCCCCCCUCUUGCAGUGUAUAAGAUUACUAUUAAAUGUAUAGCACAAAGGAUCACAAGA